AUUUAUGAAUCUCUCCCCACUCUAUAGACAAGUUGAGAAAAAAAGCAAGCAUCAAGCCAAAGCCAAUCCGAUCAUUAUUUCAACAACUAUCAAUGAGAGUGAGUGAGUGAGGAAAUAAAAUACUACACCACAACGUAAUUCAUACAAAGAAAAAUUAUUUACGUGCAUAUAAAAUUGUUAAAUGUGAAAAAUUUUUAUUUUUUUAAAUUAAGCACAAUUUGCUUUAUUUAAAAAAUGUUUUAUAAUUUUUAUUACGCUUAUACAAGAAUUAAUACAGAAUUUAAAUGCCCAGCAGUAAGACGAAGCUUAACAUGGGCAUGAUGAGAGUUUGAAUUAAUUUAUCGAGGAUUAAAAUAAAAGACAAUGUCAUCCUCACCUAGUGGAUCCAACCACCCUGGUCUUACUACGGAUUUUCCUGAUGACAAUUUAAAUAAAUUGACAUCAUUUUUACAUAAAUUGGCUGGAUAUACCGAUGAAGAAGUCAGUGCUAUUUUAAAGGAACACUGUUAUGCUAGACCUUGGAACUGGAGACCGGAGAAUGUUUAUGUCAAGCCAACUAUUAGGAUAUUUUUUACCAAGCCUCCGCUAACUAGGAGAAAGCUGCAUAAACGAAGUGUAAUAGACGUAGAAAAUUGCGACGAACCAGACAAAUUAUCUAUCCCAAGUGACUUAACAAAUCCCCGAAACUCAAUAGAAGAAGCUCUGAGAUUAAUCAACUUCACCCGGCCAGAAGACAGCAAUGACGACUGGGAAGAAAAGAUAGAAAAAACAUUAUGGUCGCCAGUGCAAAGAAGAAUAUUUUCGCGAAUAUUUAUGAUAAUAAACUCUGAGCGCCUCCACAGACUAACAAAAGUGAACAAUAAAAUGGAGCUAGUAUACCGACGAACAUCAACCGACUCCUCAGCUAAAAAAUUCCGCGAGGUAAUGGCAACUAUAAGUUGGGACUACAGAAUACUUCAAUGGUUGCACGGCUUACUAGUUGAUAAUUUAUCCCGAGAAGCACUUAUAAUUUAUUUAGACAUACUCCAAACACUAAGAGCUAAAGUUCCUCAGCUAGUCGACAGAAUGACUGCCCCAACAGCAAAUGCAAUUGUUAAACCCGGAUCUAUACCUUUAGAGACACUUAAUGCUCUUAUAAAACGAACCUGGGAUCCAGUGGCUACUUGUUUAAAUAAUAUUAGACCUAAAAAGCUUCCAGGUAAUCCAAUUUUAGUUGUAGUGCCUUCAGGAAUUGGAAGUAGCAUUUCUCCACGUCAACACAAGUGGAUUACACAAUUGGGAUUGCUUGGAACGCUUGUUACUGUUCAUUCACAUUUAGGAUUGUCGGCUAAUAAAAUGACCAUGAUGACGUGCCUUGAGCAACUUGUACAAGCUACAAGAGCUAAGAUUCAAGAUGUAAGAAGUGAUUUUCCAGGAAAUCCUUUAAUUUUAGUUGGUUUUAAUACUGGAGCGGCUCUAGCAUCUCAAGUUGCGCUAAUGGAGCAUGUAACAGCUGUAAUAUGUCUCGGAUUUCCUUUUGCGACUGCAGAAGGCAAAAGAGGCUCGCCUGAAGACACUCUUAUGGAUAUAAGAUGCCCUAUUAUGUUUGUAAUUGGUCAGAAUGCAACGCUUGUAAGACCUGAUGACUUGGAAAAUGUACGAGAAAAAUUACUCGUUGAAAGUUGUCUAGUUGUUGUUGGUACUGCGGAUGAUAGCUUGAGAAUAUCGAGUAAUAAAAAAAUUUCUGAAGGAAUUUCUCAGGCUAUGGUUGAUCGGUGUAUCAUGGACGAAAUUACUGAUUUUAUUGGCGGGAUUCUGGUUCAACCUCAUCCACUACCGCUACGUCCAGCGGGAUUGUUGAAUCCGGAUAAGAAUAAAAGAGAUGCGAGGAAACGGAAAAAUUCAACGAGUAGUUCUGUUGACAGUGAAUCGAGCUUUCCUAAUUUACAGAAGAAAAGUCGUUCAGGUACGCCGAGUCAGUUUAAUCCAAACAGGAGUCAAGGCUCUUUUGAUAAGUCUUCAGGUUUAAAUAUGCAAUCCACUCUUGUUACAGCGGGAAAUUCUAAUGAUGUUAACGCACAUAAUUCUGUUCCAAGGCGGAAACCCAAAAUUAUUAAUAAUCAGGUAUUAGGCUCGUCUGAUCAAAUAAUAGCUCGUCAGCCGAUUCCAAUAUCCUCAAAUUCAAACGGAAUCACACUGAAUAUUGGAUCUAUGGCUAGUUUAAGUCCCAUGGGUCCAAUAAGAUUACCCGCCGGACCGUCAAAUCAAUUGAACAAUCCAAUUCAAUCUAAUUCUAAUUCAAAACCUCCUGUUUUAUUUUCCAAAGUACCAAAAAUGAUUCCAUCAAAUAAUACACCAAACUUUACGGGAAAGUUGAAAACAAUUACACCAAUGAAUAAAACGUUCAAUAAAUCCAUCUCUACUAAUAAUUAUAAGACGAUGGAAAAAUCUGGAGAGACAAAACUCGUUACGGUAUUAACAUCCAAUGGGAACCAAGUUAGAGUCGCAGCACCUUCAGGUGGUCAAAAUAAAUCUUCUGGAACAGGAGGAUCUUUGACUGCAUUGCUACAAAAUCGAAAAAAUAAUGACAAUUUAACUGAGGAAAAAAUUUCUAAUCAAACAAUACCAAUCAGUCACUGUGAAUCCAGUAGUACGACUACUAGUACUGCAUCUACAACGACAAAAGUGAUGGAGUGUACGAGUUCAGGUGGAAAUAUUAAUUUAAAUAAUGCAAUCAAUAUCACAAGAGUUAACGAAAUUACUCCAGCGACUGAAAGUACGAAUUCAAUAACAAUACUGCCGUGGUCGAAUAAAAUAAAAAAUUCACUGAAAAAUGAUGAGACACUGCCUAAAAUAACGCCUAUAAAUAAAAAUCAAUGGCAAAAAUCCCACCAACCAUUAAUUAAAAAUAAUCCGUCAUUAGAAGUUGACGAUGAUGAUCUCGGAAAUAUUUUAGACAUACCAAUAAUAUUUGCUAAAGAUGAUGAUAAUUUAAAUGCUAUUGAAAAAGCACCACCUAUUUCUUUGCCUCUCACCACUAUCAAUGAUUCAAUUCAACAAAAACCAGUCAAUAAAAUAAACCCGACAAAAGUUGUUUUAUUGAGUAAUAAAGAAGGUAAAGUUUAUCAAAGACCUACGAGUAAAAUAACACCAAAAAAAAUUGAUCAGGAUUUAAAUCAAUCAGACUCAAGUCUCGUUAAUCGUGUUGUCUUUCAAAGACGCAUGCAAAAUUCAUCGAUUUCUUCUACUCAAUCUUCGUCUUCUGGAAGCAAUCAACAACCUGUUAAAUAUACUAAAAUAAUAUUAUCAAAACGACAAAAUUCUGGAACUUCAACGAAAUAUACUGAUCAAGUGGUGUUAACUAAAAAUAAGCGUCCGUCUUCCCAAUUAAUUGUCGGCGAUCAAAGUCAUUCAUCGUUUACAACAACACCUAUUAAAGUUAUAUCUAAAUUAGCAGAUAAAAGUAAUAAUGAUAAUGAUAAUCAUAAUAUUGUAGAUAAUGAAAAAAAACUUGUACAAACUAAAACUAAGGACUGUAAAUUGUUUGACGAGUCAGACAUUUGAUAAUCUAGCGGAGUUAUUUUUAGUUUAAAUAUAAAUUGUUAUAUUGUCUCAUUUUA